AUGGCUGUCUUGGUGGAGUUGGUGGGGGCUUUGUUGGAUGGCCUCUCUGCUUUCUUUACUAUGGUUCGCGAACAACAUGGCCUAGGGUCUUUCGGUGGGGAGGAUGUACCAUGGCUGCCUCUGCUGCUGCUUUCAGUGCGUGGGUGAUGCUCAUGGAGCCAGCUUCCCCCUCCCUGGCUGUAGGAAAUGUAGGAAAACGUUCAUCUUGUAGGAGCGCGGAAGGUUCCCACAUUUCUGAGUCUUUCUGACAAUUGAACUUCCUUAGUAAAUGUAUAUGACCUCAAUUACAGCCUGACCUGGAUGUAUCUGACCGCAGUUGCGUCCAGAUCCCAGUUGACGAAGUCCCAGUAUGAAUAUACCCUUACGCUAGGAACCGACUAUCGGUCCAUUGCCAUCCUUUCCUCCUCUCUCGCAACAUCUCGAGACUCGCAUCCGUUGAUAGAUGCCGUGUGUGGCUUGCGGCGAAUUUGUGGGCGGUUUGUUAAGGGUGCGUCGAUCUGUAGCUCAAGCGUCCCUCCAUCUUAAUCCCCUGCCUGCAUAUACCUGUCAAUACUGAGGAAUAGCUUGCACUCGUCUGACGAUGGCCAAUCAAGGGGCGAAGAAACGUAAGGACGAGAAUGACCGGCAUCUGGCCUGGCUCCGAAAGCUCGUCAUUAUUGCUAGUGCCGUCCACAUGGUGUUCCGAUUCGCGGUUUUCCAUGCGUCUCUGUCUUGGCUUAAUUGGGUCGGUCUGGCCUUAUCGUUGGCUGCGUAUAAACUCUGCUAUGGCGGCAUUGCAUACUUGGCGCAGCCCACGUAUGACGACAACGGCGAGCUUAUCGAUGGCGGUUACGAUUUGAGCAUGGGAGGCAUGUGCGGGUACUAUCACGACAUUAUUUACAUCACGAGUUUUGUCCACGUGAUGGGCAUCUUGUCCGACAAGGUUUGGUACGUAUACGUCGCCGUUCCAGUUUUCGCAGCGUACAAAUUCUGGCAAUUAGUGCUUUAUCCGUACAUCUUUGAGAUGGGGGGAGGCGGGGAGGAAGAAGACGAGAAAUCGAGGAAAAAAAGGGAGAAGGCGGAGCGGAAAGGCUCCCGGACGAAGUUUGUUAGAUCAAGAAGAUAGAGUACUUGUCAAAUUUGAAGGAAGGAAACUGAACUGCCAGCAGAGGUUGCUCGAGUUGUCGGGGGGUAUUUACUAUUUAGUAUUUACCCAUGAAAGGAAUUUUUUUUGGGUUUAAUUUUGUGGAUUGAAAGCAGGAAGCGAAAGAUACGGAGUUUGCGGUGGCAAAGCUCCUCUUGCUCUUUUUUUUUUUUUUUUUUUUUUUUUUUUCCCUUUCUAAGCCUUAAAUCCAAGAAUAUCACCUCUGACGAUUGAAUACGAAUGCCCCCAACCGUCUGCAUUAAUCAUUACUCCAAUCUCAGAGACCAACGAAACAGUACUGGUGUCUUAUUGCAUCAUUUCCAUGCUAAUAUAUCCUUUUGCCGCUAACAGU